AUGGGCACGGAAGGUCAGAUGGAGGAGCCCACCCAGAAGCGACGAAAGCCCAAGGGAUUGCACGACAAGCUAUUCGGCAAAAAAGGAUGGAAAAAGGUCACAACGGGCACUGAGCAAUUGCUGGAUGGAGACGAAGGUGGUUUUGCGGGCCUGGAAAUCUUGGAUGCUGAUGACGUCGAUUUGUCAUCCCUGGGUUUCAACAAUGGUGCCAGCGCUGAAGAUGACGGGCUUCAACAAAGAUCCAAAACAAAAGAAGCAAAGAAGAGAAAGAGGGCUGAAAAGGAGCAGGCUGAUGAAUCCAAAGGGGCAGUAGAAAUCCCCCGAGUACAGCCAGCCAAGAAGGUCACCAGGAAGAAAGGCAGAAAGCACCAAGAGGAGGGUAUUCAUGCUGCCUCCAAGGCCAAGGCAAAAAAACGGAAAAAGGCACAAACUCCAGGCGAUGAUGACAACGAGCAAGAGAAUGAACUUGUGAGGGACGCUGCUAUUGAUCCAAAGGUCCCUUGUGCUGUGGCAGCACAAGAAGUAGAAGAAGUUGAUGUUUCUGCAUGGGGUGAUCUGGACCUGCAUCCUCUAAUCUACAAGGCGGUUUCAAAGCUUGGGUUCGAAUCUCCAACACCUAUCCAGAGCUAUUGUUUGGCAGCAGCUAUCCAAAAGCGCAAGGAUGUUGUUGGUGCUGCACAAACAGGAUCUGGGAAGACUUUGGCUUUUGGAAUCCCUAUUCUGCAGCUUUUGUUGGAGGAAAGGGAAAUGGCAGCCAGGAAAUCAUUUCCAUCAAAAGACAUGGAAACCCAUAGUUCCUUUCUGAAGGAAUCUCCUGCAGCACCUCAGGAUUGCAAUGCUUCCUACCCCGGACUUGAGAACGGAGGCAGUUCAGCAAAACCCAGGUCCCCCAACAAAAGGAAAGCAGGGCUGGCCUUGAGCGAACCUGAAUCCCCUGCUGCCAAGCAACACAGUUGGCCAGCAUCGCACCAUGACUCUCGGUCCACUGAAGGCAAGGCUGAUGCUGGCCUGGGUCUUGUGAUGAGCGAACAAGAUCCUUUUUGUGACAAUCCUUGUGAUGCAUCUGACGAAAUCGAAGAGAACAUGGGGUCUGUGCUCGGGGACAGUGAUGAAGAAUGCCGUCAUGAGGAGGAUGAGGCAGUUGCAGCCCCAAGGGACCCGAGUCACGCUCUGAAGGCAUUGAUUCUCACGCCCACACGAGAAUUGGCCUUGCAAGUGUGCAAGCACCUGCAGGCUGUUGCAAAAAUUUGUGGGAUUUGGGUUGUACCAAUCGUUGGGGGUCUGGCGCGUGUCAAGCAGGAGAGGCUGCUAAACAAGAACCCAUCUGUGGUUGUGGCAACCCCUGGGAGAUUAUGGGAGUACAUGAGAGAGGGACAUGCACACUUAAUGGAUUUGAGUCAGCUGAGGUUCUUUGUAAUUGAUGAGGCAGACAAGAUGGCAAAGCAAGGCAGCUACCAGGAACUGUCCAACAUCAUCAAACUUGUACCUGAGUACAAAGUAUUCAAGGAUGGUUCCAGGGAGAAGCAUGCCUCAAAAGGAAAGAAGGGUCCCAAGUCUUCACCAGCGGUUACCCCCCUGGUUGCUGAUGGCGACCGCAAGAUGCAAACAUUCAUCUUCUCUGCCACACUUACCCUGCCACAAUCACUGAAGGCUCGUCUGCGGAAGCUCGCCAAGGGCCCUAGUGGUGGUGCCACUUUGGAUAGCGUUAUGGAUCGCCUGAGAUUCAGAGGCAUCCCUGAAGUGGUGGAUCUGACGAAUAAGAAGCGGAUUGCUGAUAAACUGGAAGAGUCCUUCAUCAUAUGUGGUGAUAAUGAGCGAGAUGCUCACCUGUAUUAUGUGUUGGUCAGGCAUCCAGGAAGAACCCUCAUAUUCACAAACACCAUAGCCAUGGUCAGACGUGUUGCUGCCAUGCUCCAGUCACUGUCUAUCAACGCCCAUCCCAUUCAUGCUCAACAGCAACAGAGGCAAAGGCUGAAAUCGUUGGAUCGAUUCAAAGACGACCCCAAUGCAGUGAUGGUAGCCACAGAUGUGGCUGCCAGGGGACUGGACAUACCUGAUGUGAGGUGCGUCAUCCACCAUCAGAUCCCUGUCUCGGCGGAUGCCUACAUCCACCGAUCUGGGCGAGCAGCCAGGGCAGGGAACGAUGGUGUGACGAUCCUGCUGGUAAUUCCCAAGGAGACACUUCGAUUCCAUGCUCUUUUCAAGGUGUUGGAACGGCCCAUCCCAGCCGAAUUUCCUGUUGACCUCCAACUCUUGACAGAGUGCAAGCAAAGAGCCAAGCUUGCAAGAGAAUUGUAUGAGGUGUCCAGCAAGCUGUCGAACCUCACGGAGGCCAAGAAAGACAGAUGGGUGGCACAGGCUGCAGAAGCUCUGGAAGUUGACCUUGAUGAAGACAGUGACGAGGACACUGAAAGGUGCUCCAACGACAAGGUAUCCUCAGAUUUCGAAAAGGGAAAGCUUCAGGCUGUGCAGGAACACCUGAGACAGCAAUUAUCCAGUAGGCUCAUUGCACCACUCCAGAGGAAGAUCAAUAAGAAGUUUUUUGCUGGAGGGUAUUCAGCCUUGCCAGCAACAGACGUACAAGCAGAGGCUCCUCAUGAGGGUGAUGUUGAUGGAACUGCCCAAGCUGCAGUAGCCCUAGCUGUGAGUAUAGCUGAGCGUUUUCAGGACAGCAAACACAAGGCAGGAAAGGUAGAGGGAUCUGUGCAGGAUCGGCGCCUGGCUCGACAAAGGCGGGUGGAUGCUCGAAAGAAACGAGUAAUCGCCAAACUGCCUGCACUAAUUGACAAGGGCCUGCUCAAAUAUCAGAGAAGGCAGGGCGAAAAACGAUCUGGGCUAGUCGUUAUCCCUCAGAUGCUGGGCAGAGAAGCAUCUGGCCCUGAUGCUUUGCAAGCUCUCCGAAAAAAGCUUGGAAAAUAG